AUGUACAGUCAAUUCAAAAAAGUGUACGAUGCACCAGACGCCAUCCACGACCAAUAUCCCACCACAAGAAUGGACAUACAACACGCCCAGAGGUCGUCCGGCAACAACCACAUAAACACCAUGCGCGUGCAAAACCAGUACCACCAGUACCAGAAUCAGAACGACACGGGCGACUACUCUGAGUUUGAAAAGUAUCUGCCCAGCGAUCUGCGGGGCGGCAAGAUGGUCCGCAUGUCCGAUACUGAAAUGCAACAGUACGGCGUGCAGUCUGGGGCCACACCCAUGACCGCUGGGGACACGCGCACGAACGAUGGUGUUUCCAUCAAGGCGCUGGACAUGGCCUCAAAUGUAAACACGUACUCGGACCCCAACCCAUACGCAAACACCCAUAACACCAAUUAUCCCAACAGCUCGAAUAGUAACCUCUACCCCGCCAAUAACAACAACACUAUUGACUACACGACCACAAACUCGAGCAGUGUGCCUACGAUCCAGUCCAAGGGCCCCUUCCUGAUCUUGGAGACCAUGGACCAAGUUCAGGCCGUGCUCACGUCACACAAGGUCGUCGUGGUGGUGUAUAUCAUGGACGGGUGCGGCGCCUGUGCGGUGUUUAUGCCCGACUUGGAGCGCCUCGCGACGAGACAGAUGGAGCAGUAUGGCGACACCGUCAAGUAUGCGCUGGUCAAUGAAAAGAGCACUGAGCUGACGGAGAGCGUCUCGGCCUUCCCGACCACAAUGAUAUACUUGUCGGGUAACCAGCUUCGAAAGUAUAAGGGUGCGGGCUAUGCGAAAAAGAUUGGCAAAGUGGUGGCUGAUGCCGUGUACGUGUAA